AUGAAAAAUAAUCCGCCAUAUCAACGCGGCUUCAAGAAGCAGUCGCCUCCCCAUAUACGGACCAUAAAACUGACGCGUGAGAAUGGAUCUCCCACCGACGUUUCACCCGGCACGUUCCAAACAUACCUCAAAGAUCCCAUCGCUCUAUACCAAAUGCUCUAUAAAACCCAACAGCACGACCAAUCCGUGAUUGAAAACCUGAACGAUGAGCUAGACCUGGCCGAGGACGAGCUAAAGCGCACCCGGACAGACCAGCAGUCCUUGGAAGUCUUCCAGACUGACCAAGGGGCAGCGCAAUGGUUAAAGAACGUGGGAGACAACGAGCCACCCAUUCAUUACUCUGAGGUGAAUAAUCAACGAGUGAGCGGCGAGGCACCGAAGUGCCAAAAGCAAUCUCUUGAGGGGAGACUGAGUUCGAAAAUAGCCGGCGUGGACAGCAAGUUAGACGACUUGCUGGCGGCACAGUCCGCGAGUCAGGAUAACGCGGUUGGGAUUCAGCAACAACUCUACAAGGCUAUGCAGCAUUUAGGGCUGUCGAUGAGAGAGUUCACAGAUACGAUUCUGGAGCGUGUUUCCUGGGCAGUGAACGACGAGUUGGAGAAGCUUUUCCACCUCUCCGAAUUCCCCUCAGAGCAAGCCGGUUUCCUCAGCAAAACAAAUGACCCGGGACUGCAGUUCCAGUUAUCGCUUGCUGAAGAAAUUGCAUACAAGCAGGCGAUGAGCGAGGCUGCAAACGUCUCACAGCUGUCAUCUGAGGAAGUCAGCGAAGAAGCUGAAAUGGCCACGGAGCAGACCGAACCCGAGCCUGACCAUCCCGUUGAGGAAAAGCAUGAUCCAUAUGAAGACUUGGUGAGGGCCUUGAUGGCGCAGGCUAAAGAAAAUGAGGCCAGGGAACGCGCUUUAAACGAAUCCGUCUAG